AUGUCUUUACUCCUCCAGGGCAAUCUAAAUCACGCCCGCGAGGCUCAGGACCUCCUGGUGCAUAGCUUCGCGGAGCUAGAUGGAUGCCUUGCGGUGGCGGCCGAGCCUCACUCCGUCCCAGACCACCCGUCGUGGCUGGGGUCGAAGGACGGCUCGGUUGCCUUACAUUUUCGGUGGGGACAUGCGUCCACCUUCUUCUCUUUCCUCGAAAAGGGAGAGGGGUUUGUCGCAUGCGAAUGGGGGGAACUGGUGAUCGUGGGGUGUUACUUCUCCCCCACGAGGCCCUUCCACGAAUUCGAAGAGUUCUUGAACGGGCUGGAACGGGUGAUACGCCGCCUCCAGCCCCGUCCCUUACUGGUUCUGGGGGACUUUAACGCCAAGUCGGUGACUUGGGGUUCCCCCAGGACCGAUGUACGUGGAAGGGCCCUCGAAGAAUGCAUGGCGGCCUGCGGCUUUGCCACAGUCAUUGAGGGCACGCAACACACGUACGUGAUGCGCAACGGGGGGUCCAUCGUCGAUGUGACCGUUGCUUCCCUGUCCGCCAUUGCACGUGUGUCCGAGUGA